AAUAAACCACGCCCACCCACGUGGUGUCUCAAAAUGGCUGCUUUACUUGCUGGUUGUCGGUCAUAUUUUGUGCCUUUUGGUGGUCUCUCAUCUCUACUGCCUCUUUCUAGCGUCAGAUGGGCCAGCAAAAAAGGAUCUGGUAGCUCUGGCAAUAAGAAGAAUAACACAAUUGGAAGAAGACUGGGACUCAAAUGUGGAAAUGGUCAAAAGGUUUAUCCAGGUUGCAUAUUGGUGAAGCAAAGAGGGACACCGUAUCAUCCAGGAAGCAAUGUUGGAUUAGGCCGGGAUCACACUCUCUUUGCUCUAGAGAAAGGAGUAGUGCAGUUUACUAGGGAGCCAUUCAAUCCAGGGAAGAUCAGAGCCUGGAGAGGGAAAAUGAGGCCAUAUAGACGCCUUAUCAACAUAAUUCCAGAACCACACGAACCAUCUAUUGUAUUUAAAAAAUUUAAUACAUAGCAAUAAAAUCAACAGUAGAUCUAAUUAUUAUACUAUUUUUAAUAAAGAUAGGGUUAUUGUUAAAAGUA